AUGGAGGCAGCCGGGGCGGCGCUGCAGCGAAUCAAGAAGAAGACGGCGCUGCCGCGGAUAUGCAUACACUGCGGCGCCACCUCCACCUGCUUCUGGCGCCGCGCAGGCAAGGGCAUCAACGGAUACAUCUGUAACGCCUGUGGCUGCAAGCGGCGGCGCGACCAGAUGAAGCAGGGAGAAGGCGGCGGGCCCGCCGCCGCCGCGAGCGCCCCCGCCGCCGCCGCGCCGCGCAUGAUGCCGCCCUUCCCCAUGAUGGUGCCAGCCGCCCUGCUGCAGCAGAUGCAGGCGCAGCAGGCACAGCAGGCGCAGCAGGCACAGCAGGCGCAGCAGCAGCAGCACGCGGUGCACCCGCCGCCGCAGCCGCAGCCGCAGGCGCAGCAGGCGGCGGGCCCUCCCAUGGCAGGCGGCAUGAUGAUGGUGCCCAUGCAUGUACCCAUGCUGGUGCCCAUGCAAGCAGCCGGGGCGGCGGCGGCGGCUGCGGCGGCGGGCGGCCCUCGCCCCGCCGGCGGCGCUUUCUUCAUGGUGCAGCUUCCCCCAGGGGUGCAGCGGGAGGAGCAGCUCAAGCUGAUACAGCAACACCUCCAGCAGCAGAAGCAGCAGCAGCAGCAGCAGCAGCAGCAGGAGGCGCCCGCGCCGCCAGCCCCGCCCGCACCCCAGCAGCAGCCGGCAAAGCAGGAGGAGGCGGCGGCGGCGGCUGCGGCGCCGGCCGUGCCGGCGCCAAGCGUGCCCGCCCCGCAGCCCCAGCCCCAGCCCCAGCCCCAGCCGGCCCGCGAGCAGGCGGCGCAGCUGGCGCAGCAGCGGCAGCAGCAGCAGGCCUGGCUGCAGCAGCACAUGCAGGCGGCGCACCAGCUGCGCCAGCAGGCUGCGGCGGCGGCGCAGCGCGCGGCCGGGGCUGCGCAGGCGGCGGCGGCGGCUCAGGCGGUCAAGCUUGAGGCAGAGUGCCAGCCUGGCCCCAGCCUGCACCAGCAGCCGGCAGGCCAGGCGAGGGAGGGCCAGCAGCCUCCGCCAGCGGCAGCUGCCAUCAAGCGUGAAAGCCCCGAGCCGCCAGGCACAGCAGCCUGCCAGCAGCAGCCCGCUCGGCCCGCGGGCCCGCCCGCCGCGCAGCCGCCGCCGCCCGGGCCGCAGCAGGCGGCAGCGGCAGCGGCAGCGGCGGCGGUGGGAUCCAAGCGGCGGCGGGAGGGCAGCCCGCAGGAGGCGGGCGGCCUGCCUGCAGCCGCCCCAGCCGCGGCCGUCGCACAGGAGCAGCAGCCCGUCAACGCGGCGCCGCAGCGCGCAAAGCGGCUGCCGCCCGCCGCCGCCAAGAGGCCUGCCGGCGGCGGCGCCGGCGGCAGGGGCAGGGGCAGGGGCGGCGCCACCCGGCACGCCUCGGCGCAAGAGCCUGAGCUCGACCUCAGCAUAGCCGCGCCGCUGCUGGCGCUGGCGGCGGCCCUCGACCCGGGCUUCAUGCCCUUUGCCGCCGCCGCCGCCGCCGCGGGCGACGACGCUGCGGCUGCGGCUGCCGCGCCCGUGCCGCCGCCGCCGUCGGCAGCGCCGCCUGUGGGCCAGCCGCGCCGCUCCGUCACCGCAGAACUAGAGGUGCUUCUGGCGGCAGAUUCUUCUGUGUGGAGCAUCGCCCGGGCGCUGCAGGCGGGCACCGCCUAG